AAUUGUCUCUCCACUCCACACAAUUUAUUGAUAGAGCAGUAACAUUAUCAAUAUAGCAUUAAAAUGCGAAAUCAACUCUACAAUUUCUUGAAGUACCUGCCCUUAUAUAACUAUUUAUCAUUAAUUGAAACUAUUAUAUUUUAUCCCAUUGUGCACUGUAGAAUAUUUCAGAAGGUGAAGAACAUGAAGAUCUGGAUCAGUGUACUGAUCCUCGCGGCGCUCGCAAGAGCACACACGGGGGAAGAUGACGAUACGGAUGCUCAGGUUGAAGAUGUAGGUGCUGAUGAAGUCGUUAAGGUUGAGCAGGUUGUACUAGAUGAUAUCCUAUAUACCAGUCCUGACUCCCAUCCAGAAUAUUACUUCUCAGAACACUUUGAUGAUGUUAGUGUACUUGGUGACAAGUGGAUCAAGUCACAGGCUAAGGCAGAGGAUGGAAAAUCACUAAAGUAUGGAGGAGAAUGGAGCAUAGAACCUCUUAAUACCGAUCCUCUAAAAGGAGACAAUGGUUUGGUUCUGAAAACGAAAGCUAAACACGCCGCUAUCUCAGCCAAACUAAGAAAACCGUUCAAGUUUAAUGAGAAGAUGUUAGUCGUUCAGUAUGAGAUUGCUUUCCAGAACGGUCAGGACUGUGGAGGUGGAUAUAUAAAAUUACUCCGGGAUGCACCUAAACUAGACCUCAGACAGAUCAACGACAAGACCCCCUACUCAAUCAUGUUCGGACCUGACAAGUGUGGGAGUGAUUCCAAACUUCAUUUUAUCUUCCAGCACCAGAACCCCCUCAACAAGGAGUUCGAGGAGAAGCACUGCAAGAAGGUGGAAGGGAGAACCAGGGCUACAUUCGAGGAGGUCUUCAAAGAUAAAAAACCACAUCUUUUCAGACUGAUUGUCCGUCCAGACAAUACAUUUGAGGUUCUGGUAGACUCUGUUCUUGUGAAUCAUGGUACUCUUCUAGACUCAUUUACUCCAGCAGUUAACCCUCCAGCAGAGAUUGAUGAUCCUAAUGACAAAAAACCGUCCGACUGGGAUGAAAGAGAGAAGAUUCCUGACCCUGAAGCUGUGAAACCGGAUGAAUGGGAUGAGGAUGCACCAAGAAUGAUCCUGGAUGAGAGUGCUGUGAAGCCGGAAGGAUGGUUAGAUGAUGAGCCAGAUAUGAUCCCUGAUCCUGAGGCCGAGAAACCUGCUGACUGGGAUACUGAGAUGGAUGGAGACUGGGAGGCGGGGUUAAUAGAGAACCCUGCUUGUAGUUCAGCUCCAGGAUGUGGAGUCUGGAAUAGACCUAGUAUAGAAAACCCAGAAUAUAAAGGUAAAUGGUAUCCUAGUAUGAUCAACAACCCUAACUACAAGGGAAAAUGGAAACCAAACAAGAUUCCCAACCCUGAAUAUUUCAACGAUGAGGAACCCUAUAAGAUGAGCACCAUCGGAGCCAUCGCUAUCGAGCUCUGGUCGAUGUCGGACAGCAUCUACUUCGACAACCUGCUGAUCACGGACAGCUUGGUGCUCGCUGAUGCGUUCCUGGAGGAUACCUUCCAUCUUAAGCUCAGCAAGAUCGACAGUGCCACCGGGGGAAUGUUCAAAAGGCUGCUUGACUACAGUAACAAGAACCCCUGGUUGUAUGCUGUAUAUGUAGUUCUUGUUGGUCUACCAUUAGUUCUUAUAAUCACCUUCUGCUGCUCCGGUGGAGCAGACAAAAAAGACGGUGGAAAGUCUGCUCUGAAUGAUCCCAAGAAGACUGACGCAAUGCAGGAGGAUGAUCCUGCUGAACAGGAGGAAGAAGAAGAGGAAGAUGAGGAGGGAGAAGAAGAGCAAGAAGAAGAUGGUGCUGAAGAAGAUGCCGAAGCAGAGGUUCGUGUGACCAGGAGUUCUCCUAGGAAAAGGAGGCCAAGGUUGGACUAGAUGAUCUAAUCUACCCCGCGGGGGCUGGGGCCGGGGGGCAGAUAUUCCUGAAAUUGAUGUAAUUUCACUCAGAUGCCAGUGCCCUACUAUUCUUUACUAAUGUCCACCAUUUUGUUAUAAAUUAUUUCAGGUUUUGAUUGGUUAAUGGCUCAUUAUCAAUAUAAAGAGUUAUAAUGACUCAUUAUCGCAAGGUUUAAUGGCUUGAUUGUGGGGCUUAUUAUGACUUAAUGGCUCAUAAUUAUGAGGUUAAAAUGCUUAAUAUCCUCAUUAAAUGGUUUCUAGGACUAGUUUCUGUGAUAACCAUUUCUUAGUUCCAAAGUCGAUCCUCAAUUACUUUCAUUAAUGACUCUUUUUUCUUUAAACUCAUUAUCUUGCGUGUAUGGGGAUUAAUUCUCUUGUGGAAUUAAUGACUUCUUUGCUUUAGUAAUUAGUAAGUAAUUAUCUUUUGGAACGAAAGAUUCAUUAUCCAGCCGAAAAGUAGUAAUUCAUUAUCCCACUGUUAAUUGGUCAUUUAACUUUACUGGUUGAAAAACUCGUUAUCUUUUAAUUACAGACUGACCAAAUUGAUUAUUUAAUUUUAUUCCCGCUUUUGGACUCAUUUUUUAAACAGUUGAUUGGUUUCGGCUGGUUUGAGAAAUAUAAACAAAAUGAUCGAGCUUACUAAGUGUUCGAAUGUUUUCUGAUUAGUAAACAAAUUAUGCAAUAUUUUAUAUCCAUGUUACAUAUUCAUAGUGUGUAACCCCAUAUUUAUUAUAUGUACUGCAAAUAAGCAAAUUGGCAGUAUUAUAAUUUAUAGUAAUUGUUUUUGUUCUUUGUUUGUAAAUGAUUAACUAUUGUGUUGAUUUAUUUAAGAGUUUUGUAAUUGUAAACUAAAUUAUCUAAUCUGAUUCAUACGUGCAAAUCAUUUUAUUGUUUUAUUUGGCAUUUAAUUAUUUUAUAAAAUUCAUUUUACUUGUAACACCCUUAAUUAAGCAUCGUAAUAAACUAAAUAGCUUUGUCCACAAAAGCACAUUUUAGCUUGUCGAUCCACAAAUUAUGUGGAUUUUACGCUGACCACCAGCACACCUAUCGAUAUAAUUCUCCCGGGAUAUUUCGCAUUAGCCACAUAAAGCAGUAAACCACGUGUACUUGUCGCAUUUUCUAGUUUGUUUUUGUAAAUUCUUACGUCAUCGUUUCAGA